GUUCCCUUGCGGUGGAGGUGGAGUUUCUCAGGAAACAAACACACGUUCCGUUCUGAUAACAAACCCUACUAGGCCUUGCCGUCUGGGCGAUUGCUCAGCUGGGGUAAAGCUGGGGCAAAGCUGGGGCGAGGCUGGGCCGAGGCUGAGCCGAGGCUAGGGCGAAGCUGGGGCGGGCGAGGCUGGGCCGAGGCUGGGCCGAGGCUGGGGCUGAGCUGAGGCAUGGGUUGGAGGAGGAUGGGUUGGAAUCUCACAGUGGUUCGGAACCAGGGCCUACGCUGGUGUGGUACGAACUCAGGGGUGGCAGCAGCGUACUCCUGGCGUGGGAGGAGGCUCGGAGGGCCUCUCACCUGCCCCCAGCCGCAUCUUCCCCAUCGCUCCUUAUGGGGCGUCCAACUUCGGUAUGUGCCUACAGGUUUCCAAUUCGGAAAAGGGCCGCUGCUAGAACGAACAUCUGCUGCUGCUGCUGCUGACAUUGCCGCUGCUGAUAUUCCUGAGCCCUUCCAGCAGGACCUGCGCUACACCCAUCUGUUCCAACCGAUUUCCUUCUGUGAUUUUGCCAGAACACAGCUCCAUGUCUGUCGCUGAAUGCCGCAGCAGGCACGUGAAGCCAUGCAUUGCGCUUGCCCGGGCUACCAACCAAGAUUUUUAUGGGAGGCGAUUAGCAGCAACGCAUCUACCCGAUUCCUACAUUGCGUGGAUUGGGCGGCACGGCAUGCGGGUUGAAAGCCAGCAGAAGCGGCCUGCUAGCCUGCUGUGGCACGAUGGAGGGUCGAAGAAACAAUACUGUGGAUGGAGUGGAGUGAAAGUUGUGACUCCGCGCUGCCGUGCUGCUGAUUCUAUUGCUGCUGAUUCUAUUGCUGCUGAUUCUAUUGCUGCUGAUUCUAUUGCUGCUGAUUCUAUUGCUGCUGAUUCUAUUGCUGCUGAUUCUAUUGCUGCUGAUUCUAUUGUAGCUAUCGCCACCACUUCUCCUGCUGCCCCUAAUUCGGCCACUGCCCCUGCCUCAGCUGCUGCUGCUGAGGGCGCUGUUUCUGAUCCCAGAGGUCGAAGCAACGGCCACAUUUCAGACGUCUGUGCCGGCGAUGCACAAGCAAACGCUACCUGUGUGACUCGAGGAUCUUCUCCAUCUGGACACCUGGAUGGUUCCCAAACGACCUCCCAAAACAGCUCUGAGGUGACUCAAAAUUGCUCAGAUUUCACACCACGACCCCUCUGGAGUGGAGUGAUGAGUCAGCACGGCGACACAGGCUGUGCCACGUGGCAGCAGCCUGGCGUUCCUUGCCUCCAUGCUGCUGUCUUCCCCACCGUCUUUGCCCCUGGAGCUGGAUCCGACAGGCCUCCUCCCCAUAUAAGAACUCAGGAUUUUAUAAGAGCUCCCCGUAUUCCCUGUCGACGCCCACACGGAGCUCAAGCCAAUGAUAACACCCCAGUGCUGCGGCAAUGUGCUGCUGUCUUCCCUUGCGGCUUUGACCCUCAUGCUGGGACCGUGGAUCCUCCCCUACGUGCAAGCACUCGGGCCCGUCUUCUGCCUGAGAGCCCACAUGAGGGUCGUCUGUAUCCAAAGCACCUGCAUAAUGGGCCAGUGCGCAUAAUGGGUCCAGCCUGUAACGGGUCAGUGCCCACAGUGCAUCAAUGCGCCUCAGCUGUCUUUCCCCUGGCCUUCUCUCAGCCCACGGGCUGCUGCGUCGUUCCGUCCUUCACCGGGCUCUUGAACUCCAUCUCGCCCUCCCAGCAGCACCAACGCCCUCCAAUCCCUACCACCCCGGUUGGCUGCUUCCCCCCUGAGGGCCACGCCAGGUGCUGCCGAAAUAGCCACGGUUCUCCUUGUGCUUUGGACGAAUGUAGGAUAACGAUUGCCUAUGUGCACCAGCAGCAGCAGCAGCAGCAGAAGGAGGAGCAGCAGCGGCAGCGGGAUCUCGAGGUGCACAUUGGGGCCACUGCAUUGGAACUGGAUUCUACAGCAGGCAGUGCCUGUACUGGGUCCAGCGAGGCGUGUUUGUUGAAUCGCCCUUCAACAGGCUCUCGUACCACAAGGCAGGAGAGGGAAGAGAGGCAGGAGAGGGAGUUGGGAUGGUUCACCAUUGCUGAGGACGCGCCGGGCUUGCAUGCGGAAGGAAGGCCUGCUGCUGACACAAUACACAGCAGCGGAUGCGAGUGGCCUGACAGAUCAUCAGUUUCUGAAGAUGGUGAUGAUGAAGAGCUACAAGACACUGCAUCCUCUUGAAGGGGUUUUGGUGAAAUAUCUGGA